AUGAGCUAUGAGCGCCGUGAAGCGGCAGUUGAAAAGCAAAUUGCCGUUACGAGUUCAGCCGAGUCAUUGACGGUUGCAACGAGUCAACCCAUUCCUAUUGUUGCCGAUGAAAGCAAUAUCGUGAUUGAGAGUUCAGCUAACGCAUCGACGAUUGUGAGUCAAAGCAUUCCGAUUAUUGCCAACAAAACCGAAAGCGAAAGUGUGAUUUCGAAUUCAUCGACGGUUGCUACAAAUUCCGAGAGUGAUACCGAAAUUAAUUCAGUUUUAGUCAACCGUGAAGCCAUUGAUUCAGCCAAAACGAAUAUUGCCACCGUCAUCGAAACUUCAGCUAUUGAAACGCCAAUCAUGAGUGCUUCCGUGAAAACCGUUACAUCUUCGGCAAAUGUUCAGCAAAGUUGGUCGCAAAUUGUGAAUGACGACCAAAAUCAGUCGAUUGUUCAGGCAACCCAGAAGCAAAUCGUUAAGAGUGAUUCCGAUAAUGAGCAACGCAUUCACGAGCAAGAUUAUGUGAAAGAUUCCGAUAUUGAGCAAUGCAUUCAGAGUGAGAAGGACAAAUUGAAGUCGUACGCAUCGAAAAUUGACCGUUUAUGCAAGGAAUUGUCGAUAAUUGAACAUCAGCAAGAGAUUGCGAAAUUGAAUUUGAGCCUUUUGGAAGUGACUUUGUCAGAAACGAAUUCCGAGUUUGACCCUUCAACAACCAAAACAGCCGCUUCAAGUGGCAAAUCGACCAACACCUCCGUUCCGAAUCGUAAGCCAAGUGAGAAACCGAUUCAGAAAUUGUCUAACACAUCAAGUGGCUCACAAAAUCAGAGCAUAUCGGAUGUUCAGUGCUUUAAUUGCUCAGAUUACGGUCAUUACUCAGCAAAUUGCACCAAGAAGCGCCGUGUAAAAGGUUCCUGUUUCAAUUGUGGAUCAUUGCAACAUAUUCUGAAGGAUUGCCCAUCGAAAGCGAGCACCAGUGGAGCCCGUUCAGCCAACCAAUUCCGACCGUACAGAUUGACAAAGAACACCGUUCAGCACGAUUCCGAUUCAGAGUGGAGCAACUAG